CAUUGUAAAGCGGACGUGGCAUUUUUUGGUGUAAUUAGGUUAUGGCUGUCAUUGAAGAGAAAAAACAGUCGAAAUGAGUACUUCAGAAGUUGAGCCCCACAUUACAAAGAAAUAUGAAAUCAAAAAGAGACUUGGGAAAGGGGCAUAUGGCAUUGUGUGGAAAGCCAUUGAUCGUAGGACAGGGGAAGUGGUUGCAGUCAAAAAGAUAUUUGAUGCCUUCAGAAACCAAACCGAUGCCCAGAGAACAUUUAGAGAAAUUAUGUUUCUCCAAGACUUUGGGGACCAUCCUAAUAUUAUAAAACUUCAUAAUGUGAUCAAAGCUGAAAAUGACAAGGAUAUAUAUCUAGUCUUUGAAUUUAUGGAAACGGAUCUUCACAAUGUUAUCAAGCGCGGAAAUAUUCUUAAAGAUGUUCAUAAGCGAUAUAUAAUGUAUCAGCUCUUCCGUGCAACUAAAUACCUCCACUCUGGAAAUGUUAUACACAGAGAUCAGAAGCCUUCCAACAUAUUGUUAGACAGUGAAUGUAUGGUGAAAGUGUGUGACUUUGGUCUUGCACGUUCAUUGACCCAGAUCAGCAUAGACGCUGAAACUGGGGACCCUAACCUCACAGAAUAUGUUGCAACUCGUUGGUACAGAGCGCCAGAAAUAUUGCUAGCAUCUCACAGGUACACAAAAGGUGUGGACAUGUGGAGUUUGGGAUGUAUCCUGGCCGAAAUGCUGAUAGGCAAGCCCCUUUUUCCAGGAUCUUCCACAAUCAACCAGAUAGAGAAAAUCAUGGCCACCAUUCCUAGACCAUCAAAAGAAGACAUAGCCAGCAUUAAAUCAGCUUAUGGUUCAUCAGUAUUAGACAAAGCAGCUUUAAAGGCAAAAAAGACAAUGGAGGAGAUGAUGGGAGACGCUCCUAAAGAUGCAAUAGAUCUGUGUAGAAAGUUACUGCACUUUAACCCGGACAAGAGGAUAACAGCAGACGAAGCCCUGCGCCAUCCGUACGUGGGCAGGUUUCACAAUCCUAAGGAAGAAAUCAGCCUAAACUAUGAUGUGGUACCUCCAUUGUCAGAUGAUACUCAGUUAUCUGUGGAUGAGUACAGAACUAAGUUGUAUGAGAUGAUAAUGCAAAAGAAGGCUGAUAGACGACGCAAGAGACAGGAGAUACGGAGUGCCCAGCACAUCGCUGCCCAGGCCCGGGAGGCCACACCCCCAGAUUACGAGGAGGAGGAAGAGAUGCCUCCAGGGGAGCCUUUGGGUCACUAUGGCGCCCAACAGGCGAGGGAACGGGAGCAACAGAAACGUUACGAUCGACGGGACCCAGAAACCCCGCCACAAAGACAACAUCAGUCCUCAUUCUCAGCAGGCCAUGUUGCAUUUGGGCGAAGUACUGCGCAGGCCCCACCUUCCGCUCCUGUCACCAAACAGAGAUCCACAUAUGCUAGACAGAAAACCUCUGACAACAUGGGGAGAUACUCUUCGCUGCUGAACCGAGAAAGAAUGCCAUAUGUUAAGUCUAGUCCAACUUACUAUUCCAAAAAUUUCCAGGAUAUGUAUGGACAAGGACCCCGUGGGCGUCAGGCCUCUGCACCUGCAGGCUCGAGGGGCCCGGGUCGCCCAAUUUCUGGCGCAUAUGGUAACCCCAGCAAUCCGAUAAUUACUCGUGAUGACAAAACGGGACUCACAAUCACCAGUUCCAGAAUGUUGAAUCAUGGAUGGGUUUGCGGCAGUCCUGGGGAGCCCCUCCCCCCUAUAGGCACCUACUACCAUACGCCGGGCCAGAGACCCAAUUCCGCCUCCCAGCCAAGGCCCAAGCCUGUGUACGGCCGUAAACAGUUCAACAAUGCAGUCAACAACCCGUCUAGCGGUGCACCCAAGGCCGUUUUUGGUAGCUACACACAGAACUUUGGAACAAUCACAUCCAGUGGCCUCGCUGCCAUUCAGGGGAAAAAGUCAUGAGGAUUGAAGCCGACAGUGGUAUUCGGAUGUAUGGAGGCUUUAUCAAGGGGGAUAUGAUGAUACAAACUGUGAUUUAGUAUUCUCAACCAUAUUUGGGAACACAAUGCUGGGCACACUGGAUGUGGUUCAGUCUAUAUAUGUCAGCAACAUUUGAUUCGUGUUCAGUUAUUUGUGACCAUGACAUUCCCAUUAAGUGUCAUAAUAUGUGUCUGUCAAAUUGUCAUGUUAUUAUUGCACUCAUUGGCAAGAAGUGUGCCUUGUAUGUGAAACAUUGAAACUUGGGGUAUCACUUGUUUCAUGCAUGAUUUCAUGAUUAAUGUAAAAUAAACCGAAAUCUUUCAUUAUUUUUUACAGCACUUUUUUGAGGAAAACAAACCCAGAACAUUGUCAUUUCAAAUUGAAAUCAUUGUCAUAGGAACCAUUUUGUAUGAAUAAACAGACACUUAAUAUUUUAUACGAUUAGUACUCAAGAAAUCACAGAUUUUAUGUUAUUGGUGCAUUUCUCCUGUAAGAAACUCUGAAUGUUGAAAAAAAUUCAAUUUUUCAAACAUUGUUGACAUUGUUGCACAUGUUUGGAUUUUAUAUACUAAAUUGAUCUGAAGUAAUAGAAACACUACACAUUUUUGUUGAUUUUAUAAUUACCAGGUAUUCCAUUCUGUUUUUGUAUUUAACCAUAUUUAUUGCAUGAAGAUACAACCAAACAAUGUGAUAACAAACAGUGCAAUGUACCAUUGUUGUUAAAGUUCAUAUAAAAAAGGACAUGAUUUUUUUCCAACAUCAGUGAGAGCUGUGUCCAAAUACUUUAUCAUAUGAUAAGAAAAAUGAAACUAAUUAAUGGUUAUGCUUUCAUUUAAGCUAAAGGUACAAAGAUUUUAUAUAACUAUGAGAGUUAUGAUCUGUUUAUGAUAUCAUUUAUUUUAAUAAAUUUAAUGCAUUUUAAUUUUACAUUGUAAGAUUCAGGGUUUUACAUAUUACAUUAAAUGUAUCUCAUGUGUGUUUAUAUAUAUAACUGAUUUAUAUUUGAUUAUAAAAGAAGAUCUUGAACUAUUUGUGAAUGUUUCUUGGCCCUUUUUUCAUUCAACUUGUACAUGAAGUCAUUCUGUCCCAAAUUGGCUUUUUAACAAAAACUUUCGACAUAACAUGCUAUCUAAAAACUUAGUAUGCAAAUUGUAAAUAUAAACAUCGUCCCAAUGUAUAUAUGUAAUUAUUUAUUGUGUUCUUAGAUCUUAGAGACCUUUAACAUGUUAUGUAAUGUUUCAAAUUUUACUAGAAAUGUUAUGAGCUCUGUUUUUCAGUGAACAAAUUUGAGGUAUUGUCAUAGGUUUGGCUUCAUUGCUAUCACAAAGUCCAAAAUCUUUAACCUUUGACCUUUCUUUUUUAUUGAAGAUAUUUAAAUGAAACUUGGCACACUUUUUGCCUGUGACCAUUGUGCAUGUAUAGCAUGGUGCCUAACUCUGGCUUUAAUAAUUAUCAAGUUAUGUCUUUUAUAAACUCAUGAAAAAAAGAACAGACCAGUGUUGGCAUUUCCUGUGCAACACUCUUGUUUUAUGCUACUGUGAUUGAAACUUACUUCCCAUGUGAUUAUUCUGACAUUUUUUUAAUGUCAAUUGUAUUAUAAAUACUUUUUUGCUUGUUUUAAUUGUUUUAUUCUUAAUUGUUCCAUCCUGUUGCUAUUUCAUCAAAACCAUAUUGUGCAGUGUUGGCAAACUUUAUCUCGAAAUAAUAUGAUCCAUUUUGUCCUUACUCAUGUAAAUGAUGGGCUCACAUCUUUUUUUACAGCAAUGUAUUCACAAGCAGAGAGUACCUUAAUAUAUAAAUGUCAAAUAUUUGUGAAUGUCAUAAAUAUUUUUCACUUCAUCUGCUGCAUUCCUUCAUAUAUUUUUAUAUUUGUUAAAAGGGAAAUAACCUGUGAUUUCAAGGUUACAGAUUUCCAGGUCAUGUGGUAACGGUUUAUAUCAGAGUUUUAUAGAAGUAGGAAGUCAUGUAGAUAUAGUUUUUUAUCAUUGACUUAACGCCAAAACUGGUCCAUUUCCACUAUUUCAGUUCAGUUCAAAGAGAUUAAUGUUAGAUUUAGAUUGUACAAUGUACCAUUCACUUGUUGUUUAGGUUGUGUUAUGUUUGUUAUCGUUUCUGCAUUAGAUUCAUAACUGUGGCAAAAUUUUCUUGCAUUUAUCUUUCACCUUUCAAACAAAAACUAACAACUGAAAUUGGAUUUCUUUUUUGAAUGGUAAUAGGGUCUUUAUAAAAGUUUGUGUUUAUUUUUGGUCUUGGCAGAGCCCAUCGUCGACUAAUCUUGAAGAAAACCAAAUGUAAGCACUAACUUUCUUAGUGUUCAUGGCUAUUGAAUGCCUCUAUAUUAGCCAGUGCAUAUUCAAGAGCUUUUAAAAAUAUCACUUAUUAAAACAAAUAAUGACUUAAUGGAAAUUGUUGGUUGUUUUGGAACUGAAUGAAAAUUUGGUUGUAAUCUGCUUUAUGGACUUCAGGUUUUCAGAGCUCUUCUGAAUCAUUAAAUGUGAAUAUGUCAGGCGACCCCAUUGGUGCAGAUAUAAGCUUAAACACUAAUGUGGUUUUCUGAUGGAAUUCAAGCAACACUAAUUCAGUAUCUCGGAAAGAUCCAAACUUAGGAAUUAAAAAAAUGUUUCCUAGGAAUCUAUAAUGUCAAAGUAACAGUUAUGGUAACAUUUGUAAAUUUAUUCAUGGCACAUGGGGCCACUCUCAUGAAGUCAGCUGCAAUUUCAUCAUUCCAGUUCAUAAUUGCCAAAUAUUUUACUUGCAUAUGGGGAAAACUAGAUAGUCUACUUUAAAGAGUACAUUUUCUUGGCAUAAGCUCGCUAUUUUAGCAUAAUUGCCAAAUAUUUUACUUGCAUAUUGGGUAAGAUAGAUAGUCUACUUUAAAGUGUACAUUUUCUUAGCUUAAUUGCUCUAUUUUAGGUCAGUUCACUACAGUUUUUUUAUUUUAAUUCCACUUGAUUUCUUUUUGUCCAUUUUUGAAAAUUGUCACAGAUUAAGUGUAACAUUCUAUACAUAAGUUAUUCACUCACACAGCAUUGUAAAUGUUCAUUUUGAUUUUACUGUUGAUUUUAAUCAUUGCUAGACUGUUAACAACAUGUAAGAAUGCCAUUAAACACACAAAAUUAAGUGUAAUAAAAAUAAACACUA